AUGGGGAAGUCCAAUGGGCUCCAGACGGAGAAAGAAGCGGGCAUGGUUAUGGGCACGAAUGGAAGCAGUAUCGUCUCAAAACGGAGUGUCGAGCGGAUAUAUUACGAUGAACCUCAUUUCUUUCGGCAUUUCGUCAUGACCAUCCCACGGCGAGCCCCCCUGAUAAACCGUGGAUACUGGCUACGAAUGUAUGCCAUUGAACACACUGUUCUAGAGUUUUUGAAAGAGGAUACAGGCCGCCCAAAACUGGUUAUAAAUUUCGGUUGUGGAUUUGAUCCCUUGCUCUUCCAGCUUCUUGCACGAGAACCCAAGUUAUGUGAAAAUGUCAAGUUUAUUGAUAUUGAUCAUCAUAAAUUGAUGCUCGAGAAAUGGGAUGCCAUACAAAACAGUGCUGAACUCAAGAGUCUUAUUCCUGAUGCCGUUUUUGCUGAUCAGGGUGGUCCCCUAAUUCGAGGCAAACAAUAUGUCGGGAUUGGGUGUGACCUCGGGGACCUUGUGGAACUGGAAAAGAUUUUGAAGUCCGAACUAGAUCCUUCCAAGUUCUCAAUACUUUGUACUGCAGAGGUCUCCCUAACUUACAUGGACGUCAAGGCCGCGGAUGCAUUGAUUGCGUGGGCGGUGAAGUUGAGCGAUGAUACCCAGUUUGGCCUACUCGAGCAGUUCUUCCCAGACGGGCCCGAGCACCCAUUCGCGAAGACGAUGAUGGCACAUUUUACCAAAUGGCGGGCUCCACUCCAAUCUAUCCAUGUCUAUCCCACACUAUCGCAACAGGAGCAACGUUUUAUCAACGCAAAUUGGAAACAAGCCCACGCUAGAAGUUUGUGGGCAGCUUGGAGUGACCAUGAAUUCAUAAGCUCAGAAAAAAGGGUAUCUCUUGACUCUUUUGAGGCAUUUGAUGAAUGGGAAGAACUUGCUCUGUUUGCUUCACAUUACUUUUUGCUCAGGGCGAGCACACGAGCAUUAGCACCCGAGGAAGUUAGCCCACGGCAAACAGCGAUCCAAGCCAACCUAACGUCACAAGAUUACCCAUUGCGCCUGAUACCUAAUUUCCCCAUCAAUUUUAAGGGACAGAAACGUUUUGGAGCUCUAUUUGCCAUGGACGGCCAAAUAGGAUUUCAUGCUGGGCUAGGUCAGAAAGCUCGACUUGCAUCUACGGAUUUAUAUGCGUCAUCGGCCAUAUCUAGCAUCACUACAAAAAAUAUACCGCCAGAAACAAUUACGGCACGGAUGUGCCACACCAUUACACAAUUGGGCAAUGGUCGAUGCUUACUAGUGGGUGGUCGUACCGCUCCAUCUAGAGUGCUCAAUGAUACGUGGUUAAUGGAGGGAGGUAACUGGCACCAAUCAAUCAAUCUUUUGACACCGUGCUUCCGACAUUCCGCUACCGCUGUGAUAUUUCCGGGAGGUGACGAGGGCGUACUUAUUUACGGUGGUAAGUCGUCCGGUGGUAAAGUUACUGGACAAUUCGCGUUGUGGAGAAAGACCGACGAAACAGAGAGCUGGACGGUUUUGGCCGCCCACGGUGGCCCCUGUCCACGGUUUGGGGCCGUACUUUCUAGCAUCGACAGUGGAAGAGGAAUUCUUUUUGGGGGAAUGUCACAGGAUGGUGUAGUGCUCAAUGACUUUUGGACGUGGCAGCUAUCCAUGAGCGAUGACGGGGAAGUAUCACUGCAGCUGACAGACGAAACACUGCAAAUCCAAAAAUCUCUGCCACAAAUAUCCGUAUGGCUAUCACGUUUUGGAGCCACGGUACAUCAACUUGAAAAUAAGCUGGUCGUCAUAGGAGGAAUUUCUGCUGGUGGAUGCAUCCCACAUGAGUAUGAGGUCAUAACGCUUGACUUAGCCGCCUUGAAAUGCGGCAGCAUCAAUAAUACACCUCUCCCGUUCACUGUGGAUACUUCUCCCACCCAUCCGCGGCCCCUCCUAGUCGGUCAUAGUUCUCUGCCUGUUGGCGGAGGCAGGAUUUUGAUAAUAGGUGGCGGAGCCGUGUGUUUUGCUUUUGGCACGUUUUGGAACAACGGGACGUGGUUGUUGGAUGGAGGUUUGUCGGGCAGUGAUAUUGAAUGGCGCAUGAUUCAACCAGUAUCAAGUUCUGAUGCCCAUACAACACUGAAUAUCGAUCCACCACUAAUGGCCCAUUCUCCCACCACCACCUCUUGUCUCAAAAACUGA